CAAACAAUGACAGGAUAAUGCUUUAUUUCCUGCCAAUAAAUAGUGCUCUAUUGGCCAAGAUACACUUACUAUAAAUAAUCUAGAGGCUAACUCUUACUCACAUCUGCUAAUUAAUCAUUAACAACUCAGUUAAUUUCUUUCUCUUCCUUUGUUCAACAGGUAAUUGAGGUUAAUUACACCUCACUAAUCAUCAUUACCUUGACAGGAAGAAGAAGAAUAAAAAAAAUGGAGAAAAGGGCUCUCAUAUUAGCACUUAAUCUGCUAAUAACUAUCCAAAUUUCACAAUUAAUUCCAAUUUCAAAUGCUCAAACAAAAUCAAGAAAGGUGACAAUAUUAAGCAUUGAUGGUGGUGGUGUUAGAGGCAUCAUCCCUGGCACAAUCCUCGGCCACCUCGAAUCCAAACUCCAGGAACUAGACGGUCCAAAUGCAAGACUUGUUGACUAUUUCGAUGUAAUUGCCGGAACGAGUACGGGUGGUCUUAUUACCACGAUGCUCGCAGCUCCUGGCCCGGACAAUCGUCCUAUGUAUGCUGCAAAUAAUAUUACAAGCUUCUACUUGGAAAAUUGCCCCAAGAUUUUCCCCGAGAGCCGACGGAACAACUUUGUUGGGACACUUACGAAUUUAUUCGCGGGACCAAAGUACGACGGGAAGUACCUGAAAACAUUGGUAGAGGGGCUAUUAGGUAAUAUCACAGUGAGCCAGGCAUUAACCAAUGUGGUUAUUCCUUCAUUUGAUAUCAAGCGCCUUCAACCUACUAUCUUCACCACCAAAGAUGGGAAAGCAAAUGCAUCCAAGAAUGCUUUAAUGUCGGAUGUCGCCCUUGGUACGUCAGCUGCUCCAACUUAUUUCCCGGCUCAUUAUUUCGAAACGAGGGACCCGCAAGGGAAUGUACGAGAGUUCAAUCUCAUCGAUGGUGCCAUGGCAGCCAACAAUCCUACGCUUGUGGCUAUAACGGAAGUAUCGAAAGAAAUAUUAUCGGGGAAAUUUGAAGUGGCAGACAUGGAGCCAAUGGACAGCACCAGAAUGCUGGUGCUGUCUUUGGGCUCCGGCGUUGCUAAAAUGGCAGAAAAGUACAACGCGAAAGAUGCCUCCAAGUGGGGGGUACUUAGCUGGGUAUUCUACGACGGUGACUCGCCAUUGGUCAAUAUUUACGGAGAUGGUUCCGCUGACAUGGUUGAUAUUCAUGUCUCCACCAUUUUUCAAUCUCGCCGCAACGAGCAGAAUUAUCUUCGUAUUCAGGAGGAUAAUUUGGCGGGGGAUACAUCGUCUGUUGAUAUUGCGACGGUGAAGAAUAUGCAGACGCUUGUACAGAUUGGUCAGAGCUUGCUGAAAAAACCGGUUUCUAGAGUGAAUUUGGAAACCGGCAGGCAAGAACCGGUUCAAGGAGAGGGGACUAAUGCAGAGGCUCUGGCCCGGUUCGCUAAGCUUCUAUCUGAUGAAAGAAACUCCCGCCAAACGAACAAUUAAGAUUUAAGAGUACUGUUUUUGGAAAUAAUUAUAAUUACAUUAUUACUCAUAUUUAUAUAUAAAUAAUUUUUCUUUUAUUAUUGUGCGUGGUUAAACAGAGAUAAAUGAUAAUAAUUAAAAAAAAAAUAUCAAAUAAUAAUACUAAUUACAUAGUCACUUUUUGCUUAUAUUUGUAUAAUUAUAGAUAGUCAAAAAAUACCACAUCUUAUUGAAAUCCUACCAAACAAGGCCUUAACACAUAGGAUUCUUCCAUAGCACAAAGCUCAUGAUAUAUACUACUGCAUCUAGUACCGAAUAAUUUUUUA